GGUGGGAUGAGAGAGGGACAGCAGCGGGGGACUGACUGACUGGAGGAGGAGGUGGAGUCUGUCCCAGCCUGCAUCUGGCCCGCUCCCCUCUCUCUGUCACCCCGGGCCAAACCCGCCCAGCUCCUCUCACUCACUCUCCGUCUGUUCUCCCGCACGGCUCGGCUCGGCUCGGCUCGGACACACACACACAGCAGUCCCUCACAGACUCACGCACACAGCGAGGACGCGGAAUGGAGACGGAAGGGAGCCAGAGCAGCCUGUCCAGCACGGACUCCCCUCACGACCCCUGCAAAAUGUUCAUAGGUGGACUCAGCUGGCAAACAACACAAGAGGGUCUGAAGGAGUACUUCUGCAAGUACGGCGAGGUGAAGGAGUGUAUGGUGAUGCGAGAUCCGGUUACUAAGCGCUCGAGAGGGUUUGGAUUUGUCACCUUUGUUGACCAGGCAGGCGUGGAUAAAGUUUUGGCCCAAACCAGGCACGAGUUGGACUCAAAAACAAUCGACCCAAAGGUUGCUUUCCCCCGCAGAGCUCAGCCCAAGUUGGUGACUCGAACCAAGAAGAUCUUUGUGGGAGGCCUGUCAGUGAACACAACCAUCGAAGAUGUGAAGCAGUACUUUGACCAGUUUGGGAAGGUUGACGAUGCCAUGCUCAUGUUCGACAAGACCACCAACAGACACAGAGGGUUUGGGUUUGUGACGUUUGAGAAUGAGGAUGUGGUGGAGAAGGUCUGUGAGAUCCACUUCCACGAGAUCAACAACAAAAUGGUGGAGUGUAAGAAAGCUCAGCCCAAGGAGGUGAUGUCCCCCACGGGCUCAGCGAGGGGGCGCUCUCGUGUGAUGCCCUAUGGCAUGGAUGCCUUCAUGCUGGGCAUUGGUAUGCUGGGUUAUCCAGGCUUCCAGACUGCCACCUACACCAGUCGGAGCUACGCUGGCAUCACACCUGGAUACACCUACCAGUUCCCUGAGUUCCACUUAGAGAGGACUCCCCUUCUGACUUCACCCCACCCCCCUGAGCUCACAGCCAUUCCUCUCACCGCAUACGGACCAAUGGCAGCAGCAGCUGCAGCAGCAGCAGUAGUAAGAGGCUCCACCCCGUCUCGCUCAGCUGGAUUUUUGGGUACGAGCAGCCCGGGACCGAUGGCAGAUCUUUAUGGAACAGCCGGUCAGGAGUCGGCCGUGAGCAGUUACCUCAGCGCUGCGAGCCCCGCCCCGAGCACUGGAUUCAGCCACGGCCUGGGGGGCCCUUUGAUCGCCACAGCCUUCACUAACGGCUACCACUGAGAGAUACAGAGCUGUAGACAGAGAGCUGGGAGGAGUUGAAGCUGCUUUGGAGCUGAUCUAGUCAAUCCACCUCUCCCGUCACGGCAGCUGAACCUUCACCUCCUCCACCCUGAUGUCAGCAUGAACCCCCCCUCCCACCCUGCUGACGCCUCACUUUACUCCACCUCCUGAGAAAAAAAGAAGAAAACUUUCAAGCAGGGAGCGAAAACGUUUAUCACCACAUGUAAAAGCAUCUCUCACACACACACACACACACACACACACACACACACACACACACACACACACACACACACACACACACACACACACACACACACACACACACACCACACACACACAUAUGCUGUAUUUUUGGUCUUUCUUCUGUUAUGUUUCACUUUGCUGUUUUUUGUGAUGGCUGCGUUGUUUCUUUAUCUAUUACGGCUGUUUUUAUUGGGUCAUUUGACCUCUGAGGAGAAGAAUCUCUGAGUUUUUGAAGGUCACAAGCUGUAAUUUGUACUGGAAAAACUGUAUAUUUGUCAGUAGUUCAUACUGAAUUUUAACAAACAUUUGUGAUUAAUACUAUUUCUUGAAAAUGUGUCACAAAGUGUAUAUCUUGGUAGGAUUUUUUUAACAAAAACUUGUUAAACUAAUAAUGUCAUUAGUCACAGUUUCAUAAUAGGCCUACAUGAGCUGUACAAUUUUGUAAGAUAUUGUAAAUAUGACUGGUUUCUGGGGGAGGGGUCGGCUGAUUUCUGUGUGCGGGAGGAUUUUAAAAAUGGUACGACUGAUUCUUUCAUCAAUCCUUACGUGUCGGAAAGUUUGACUGUUACAUAUCCUAGUUUUCAUGUGGAGGUCAAGAACAUUUCAGUAUGUCAGAGCAGCCAUAUACUUUAAUUAUCCUCCAGACAAUUAUAACAGAUGUGUCAUUUGAUUCUGCUUGAAUUUAAACAGAGGAGAUGCUGAGUCUGAAAAAAAAAACAACACUUUACUUUGGGGAUAUUUGUGGGUGGAAAAAGCUCCUGUAAGGGGGAAAAACAUGCUGUUUUCUUACUUUGUCAUAUUCUUGUUUUAACUGUGAUUUUCAAUGUGUGAUGAUCGUUUAUGAAGGAAAAUGAAGGAGUAGUUCGCAGGAGCUGUCGUGCACAGUUUGCAUUGUGAUGAGUUCUGACUCUGCAGGUUGUGUUGAUGUUUGCAUGAGCGUGUCUCGUUAUUUUCACACAUUGCCAUGUGCUGUUUUUUGUUGUUGUUUGUUUUUUUGUUUUUUGUUUUUUUUGGGGGGUUUUAUACCUCAGUUGCAAAUGUGAAAUCUUAAUCUGACUUUCUUUGUUUUUACAUUAACAUCUUUGUCAAAGUAUAUGGGAUGUUUUUAAGAAAGGAGGGGUUGUAUUAACUCUUGUUUACCUGUCACCCCCCCCCACACCUCUCCAUCCCAUCACUGUGUAUCCACUGGAGGCCACAGACUGUAGCAAUGUGGCCGCUAUUUUUAGACCAAAACAAUAAUGUUAAGAGCUAUAGGAUGUUGCACUGGCUGAUCACGAUACAUGUGUUCUCCUUUGAAUGUUAGCUAAAGAACAAACAAGCACUCUGACCCACAAUGCACCAGGUUUUACACUUUGAUACACACUCUCUCUCUCUCUUUCUCACACACUGCUGCAGGCUACCAUGGUAGUUCAAACCUUGAUGCUGUUUUCACUGAAAAGUAACCAUCUUGUCAACACUGUAACAUUUCUGAUUUUAUUUUCCUGUAAUGUUUAUUCCUUUGGAGAAAAAAAAAACUUUUUAAA